GCGGCCGCGAGCUUCAGUCAGUAGCUCGCCGCCUGCGACCGCGGGCGCAUCCUCUAGCGGACACUGCAGAUACUACAGCAGAGACUGACCGAGUAGCCGACAUGGCGAGAAUCGCGACAGUGCUGCUUUUAGUGACGGCGGCAGCCGCCAAAGAUGCUGUUAUUGGCAUACCAGGGGGCCCAUCUGUCUCGCUGGGGGCUGGUGGAGUGUCGGCUUCCUUCGGUGGCUUCACAGCAGGCGCCGGCAUCGGACCCGGAGGCCUCCACGCGGGGGCGGGAACUCCCGGCGGGCCGAGCGCCUCCGCCGGCCUGGGAGGCGGCGCGUCCUCCGGGUCGUCACAAGCGGCAGGCGGUGGGCUGCACGCAGGGGCGACAGUGGGCGGCGGUGGACCGAGCGCUGCCGCUGGCCUCGGUGGCGGCGCCUCGAACGGAGGCGGCAGCUACAGGUCAGGAGGAGCGCUGUACUCCGGCGCCACGGUGGGCGGCGGAGGACCCAGCGCGGCGGCCGGGCUAGGGGGAGGCGCCGCUGCUGACGGCCUGGGCUACAGGGCCGGGGGCGGCCUCUACGCCGGGGCGACUGUGGGCGGCGGCGGACCCAGCGCCGCGGCUGGAGGAGCUGGCGGAGCUUCCGCGGGCGGCGGCGGGGGCGUCGUUUACAAGGCGGGCGGCGGGCUCCACGCAGGAGCGGGCGUGGGCGGCGGCGGCCCCGCUGCCGGUGCCGGCCUCGGGGGUGGUGGUGGCGGGGGCGGCUACAGCAGCAGCAGUAGCAGUAGUAGCAGCAGCAGUAGCAGCAGCAGCAGUGGUGGUGCUGGCGGUUACGGUGUUGGCGCUACUGGUGGUGGAGGCGGCGGCAAAGUAGUUCACCAGCAGCCUGGAAGGACACUGUUCGACGAUAUUUUCAACAUCCCGACAUCGGUGCUGAAAGCCGUGAACCAGAUGCUGAACAAUAAACAGGCCUCUGGAGGGGUGACGGUGGUGAAAUACGGAGGCUACGGCAACUACGGAGGCUACGGCAACUACGGGGGCGCGGGACGGCACUACCCCAAGAAGACGUACACGUACAGCCAGGGCAGCUCCAACAGCGCCAGCCAUCAGGGAGCCGUGGGCUCGCGCUCGGGUGCCGCGUCCAGCGCCGGCGCCUCGGCGUCGGCCUCGGCAGGAGGCUCUGCAGGCGGCCACCCCGCCAACUACGACGCCAUCUUCAACAUACCUAUUUCUGCACUGAAUUCAGUAAAUCGGCUCCUCAACAACCUGGGCUGAGAAUGACGUCUUUAUAAUCAAAAUACAACAACAUAUACAUACACCAAAUUAUAGGUAUCAAGUGACUACCUGUUUCCACAUUUCAGGAAUUCAAUACCUGUGAUACCUGAAUUGGAUUGUAAAUCACCACCAAUUUUCUAUUUCUUCUAUUUUGUAGAAUAUUUAUUUACCUGUUUAUUGUUUAUUUUAGAAUAUGUACAAUAUACUAAAUAAAUACAUUUCCAAAAU